CCCAUUUUAACCCAAAAACGAGAUGUGUAGAAAGAGCAGAGUAUUUAUAUCACCCACGAGCCUCUAUGCUUCUUCCUCCUUCUUCAUCGCCCAUCUCUCUAUUUCUGUUUUCUUUCCGGAGACAUUUGUCUGAUCUCACCAUCAUCAAUCAAGAUUACUCAAACAAAACCUUGAGAAAGACAGAAAAAAAAUGAUCCAAGAGAAGAAACACCAAAUACUAGUAGUGUCUUCUCACUGAAAAUCAUAAUAUUUAAAGUUUAAUGGUCAGAUCAAAGAAGCAAGAACCACGCGUCUCUGCUACUUACAUCCGAUCUCUCGUGAAGCAACAGCUUGCUUCUUCCACCAUGACUACAACCACCACAACCACAGAUAACAGCGGCGGCAAAACGCAACCGCAAACGCAGGCGCACAAGAAACAAGUGAGAAGACGACUUCACACUAGCCGUCCUUACCAAGAGCGUCUUCUCAACAUGGCCGAAGCUCGUCGUGAAAUCGUCACCGCCUUAAAACAGCAUCGUGCUUCCAUGAGACAAGCCGCCAUGAUUCCACCGCCUCCACCGCCGCCACCUCCACCGCAGAAUCUUUUUUCUCCGCCGCCGCCUCCUCCUCCGGAUCCAUUUUCUUGGUUGAAUCCGCAUCUCAAUUUCCUCCUCCCGAACCAACCCUUAGGGCUAAACCUCAACUUCCACGAUUUCAACGACUUCAUCCAAACCUCGUCAACAUCUUCAUCAUCAUCAUCUUCGUCGAGUUCAUCAUCUUCAUCGGUGUUUCCGACGAAUCCCCAUCUCUACUCAUCCCCUUCACCACCUCCUCCUCCCACGUUCCCCGCCACAUCCGAUUCGGUGCUUCAGCCGCCGAAACAGCUUACGGAAUCGGAGAACAACGUGGAGACGUCAGCUUGGUGGUCAGAGCUCAUGAUGAAGACGGUGGAGCCGGAGAUAAUAAAGUCGGAGGAAGAAGCCGCCGUAGUCGAAGAUGACGUCUUUCCCAAGUUUAGUGACGUCAUGGAAUUCCCUUCGUGGUUAAACCAAACCGAUGAAGAAUUAUUUCAUCCUUACAAUCUCACUCAUUACUCCUCCCCUCACAAUCCUCCAUUGUCCUGUAUGGAGAUUGGAGAAAUUGAAGGCAUGGAUGACGACGACUGGCUUGCUUGAACCACAAAGAUUGAUUACUGCUGUUUUUUUUUUUCAGACAUGAUGAAUCAACUCUUUGGUUCUUUUCUUAUUUUUCUUAUUUAUUUGUUUUAUUUCUAAUUUUUCUUUUUGUUUGGAGACAUAAGAGGACAUUUUGAAUGAAUCUUUAAAAUAACAACAAGCCUGCGGUGAGCAAAGAAAUGUUCGAUUUGGAAUAGUCACAUGAAUGAAAUAAACUUUUUUUCCUCUCCUUCUAAUCUUUCUUUAGCCUUAUUAGUAACCUUCAUUUGUUUUUGAUUAACUUAUUAGUUAUUACACUUUAG